AGGUCACGCCCCCACCGAGGAGUCUUUCGUGGCGGGAUAUUUAAUCAGAUAUGGAUUCGUUAAAGAGCAAGAAGAAUAUCCCUAUUGCUGCUCGACAGAGGGGUCCAGGCCCUGGGCGCUACGCCUUGCCUUCUACGUGUGGGUACAAUGGUCAUGACUUCACAAAGUACACCAGACCUGCCUACUCGUUUGGACGCCGUCUCGGGGACUUCGCAACAAAGAAGGAAUGCAGUCCGGGCCCAGCGUAUUUCAUUGACCCCAGCAUAACAAGGUCGGGUAGAGACGGCACCCCUGCCUAUUCCCUGCUUGCGAGACAGACAUAUCUUGGUACGUUCAAGACUCCAUCUCCUGGAGCUUACUCACCAGAACGGGUUCAUCCACAGGGGGAGAGAAAUGCCCCUAGGCAUUCAAUCGGUUCUCGGACCCGCUAUCGCAAACGUGAUGGCAACCCAGCCCCAAACAAAUACUCCCUGCCAAAGGUUCUGGGAGCGUUCCAACCGGACAAGCAGUCAUCUCCCGGCUAUUCCAUGACGGCACGGUCGAUGAUCGGCGGUUACGCAGAAGACAUGGCCAAGGCCCCCGGACCUGGCAACUACAACGCCGCCCUCCCCGACCUAUACAAGGAGAGGUCCCCUCUGUACUCCAUGAGGAGACGCAGUUACAUGCCCGGGGACAACACCAUGAAGCCAGGACCUGGAGCUCAUUGCCCAGAGAGGGUUGUCAUCAACCGACCAAAGGCUGCUGUCCAUUCACUUGGAAUCCGACAUUCCGAGUUCAUCUGUCCUCUCAUUGUAGAUGUUUCAGACUAGGGGGCGCUUAUCUUGUAUUAGUUUAAGAUAUACUUUCUAAACAUUUUAUAAAAAUAUUAAUGUACAUGUAGUUUGAUUCUUUAAUUGCCACACGGUUUUAAAUUUACACUCGGCAUACAGUUUUGUAGUUUUUGGCUGUUUUAAUGCUGAUUUCUCUCACACGGAUAUAUUUUCUCUCAGACUAAUGUAACCGAAAUGCGUGUAUAUGGUAUAUUUAUUAAGAAUGUGUGGAUAUUGGUUACUUAUUUUCAGUAAGACACACCUGUAUCGGAUUCUAAAAACAGAUAUGUAAACUGGAAAGACGUUGUAUAGAUGUGUUUUUUAAUGUUCUCUUGAUGUGGACACUUCAUGCAAUAGUGUUGUAAUUGUGUAUGUGUGUUUAUCAUACACCAAACGCCCAAAGGGGCAGGCCGAUAAAGAUAUCUGGCAUUCCAAAGGCUGUUUCCUGCAUAUUACAUACUGGGAUGGUGUAGUUAAUAUUGUCACCACCAGGGUGUUUCUGGCAUUAAUCAUCAAUACGAGCUGUUUAACAUGUUACCAAGGAUAAAGAAAUGAGUUAUGUAAUCUCUAAUCAUUUUUGCAUAAUGGCAAGUCUUAGUAAUGGUCAGGAAAUAAAUGGAUAAAACACGUAA